AGCGCGACCCAACAGAAACUAGUUGUAUAGACAGACACAGCUAGGCCUAUUGAUACAGUUCAUGAAUUGUAGGGACGGGGCUUUGUCUAGUUGCAAUUGCAAAAAGUCAUUGAUAAAUACAGUUUAUUCUUCAACUAGGAUGUUAAGCAUUCAAGUUAAUCGUUUUGGAUAAAAUGGGAUGGGAGUUAUCUAGAUCUCGCCUGAGAUCUGAAUCCACAAAGGAUCACCAUGUGUCGGUCAUUGGCUUGAUGUGGACCAGGAAAGGAUCUUCACCUUCUUCUAUGCUGCACUGUCCCUCAGAGACCCAAGCAGAUCUGUCAAGCUAAUCAUUUUCUAUGGAUUAUGGACCUGGCGAAGUGAAACCCCAGAUUUGGGUUUUUGCCUAGUACUACCUGAUCGCAGUUUCCAGAGCAAAAUGGCUUGUAUUGGAAACCAGUCAUGAAAUUUGGGACUGUAAGGUACCUGUACACAGGAUAUGAACGCGCCUAGCCUCUGGACUGAGGACGUAGCGAAUCUUGCUGGAGUAGCUGGCGAACCAAAGGGCUCCAAUCAUCUGAUGCAGUCGGAUAACCCGUUCAACAAGAAACUCCAAGCGUUAAAGAGGCCCAUGGGACCUCCAAACGCCAACGUGCAAGGAACGCCAGCCAUGCCCAAGAUGGGUGUCCGGGCGAGGGUGUCGGACUGGCCCCAGCGAAAGGACAGCUGGGAGUCACAACCUCCACCAGGCUAUGACAGCCUGGUGCCGACCUUCCAGAAGGGACCGUCAAAUCAUAGCACAGAGGUCACCCUCCAAAAGAACCAGGAGUUGCCCAGUGCCGAGUUCCCAGAGACCAAGUAUCCGCUGUGUGACCUCCUGAGCCACUCCCCCAUGAAGGGCUUCCCUGGGAUCAAGAGGAGCAACAGCGAGGUCACCAUUAGUGACAUCGGCGCCGAGGACUUGGAUCACACCACCAUCAACCCCAACACUGGGGCCACCUUGCGCCGUGAGUAUGGCAGCACGUCCUCUCUCGACAAGCAGAGUCUGUCCGGCGCCAGCAAAGACCUUGUGGGAACCCUGAGGGGCUACCACAUGGAGGACCGCUCGGACCAACCCAGCGUGCCUCCUCCACAGAGUUUCCCGGAGCUGCUGCGUCUCAACACCACCCUUUCACCCAGCCUACAGACGGCCACCCAGAUCGCGCGAGGCGACAUUGUCUGCAUCCCGGGCUACGACUACGUGGACAGCUCCCUGCUCUACAGCCGUGAGCGGGAGAAGUCCUUCAUCCAGCGCAUGAAGGCGGAGAAGGCCGACACCUCCAUCUUCCGGAGGCUGCGGAAUGUGAAGAGCGAGGGCGAGUACCUGGACCAGGAGGACGGAGGGCGCUUCGGAAGGCCCCUGAGCUUCCAGAAGUGCUUCGCCCACUACGACGUGCAGAGCGUCCUCUUCAACAUCAGCGAGGCGGUGGCCAACCGCGCCGACCUGGGUCGCAGGAAGAACACUACCACUGGGGCAUCGGCCGCCUCUCAGUGCCAGGCGCCGGCUUCUGGGCUGGGAGACAGCGCCACGACUAUGCCCAUCUGUGAGUCACCCGUAGGCAGCUGCGAGGACCUGGGCCACAAGGCCAGCAUGGACGCAGAUGAAGGGGAUGGGAAGAGCAAUACCCUGGUGCUCAGCUGCCCGUACUUCCGUAAUGAGACUGGUGGCGAGGGCGAGAGGAAGGUGGCCCUGAGCAAAGCCAGCAGCGCCAGCUAUGGGAGUGGAGACUAUGCUGCUAACUAUGGGGUUGGAGGACAAGGCUACUCUGUGGAAUCAUCGCUCAGCACCCGGUGCACCAACGCAGGGGUGUCGGUGCUCGAGGUGCCAAGGGAGAGCCAGGCUUUCCACAGGGACAUGUACAAGCGCUAUAUAAUCGAACACAUUGACCAGGGGGCCUACUACUACCACAAGUACUUUUACAAUAAAGAUCACCAGAACUACUUUGGCACGGAUGAGAACUUGGGCCCCGUGGCGGUCAGUAUCCGCCGGGAAAAGCUGGACGAGGGAAAGGAGGGAGCACAGUACAACUACCGGGUCACCUUCCGGACUAGCGAGCUCACCACUCUCCGAGGGGCCAUCCUGGAAGACGCCGUGCCCUCCACCGCCAAGCAUGGCAUGGCCAGGGGCCUACCGCUGAAGGAGGUGUUGGAGUAUGUGGUCCCAGAGCUCAACAUCCAGUGUCUCAGGCUGGCCAUCAGUUCGCCCAAGGUCCCUGAGCAGCUCCUCAAGCUGGACCAACAGGGGUUGAGCUUCCAGCACAAGGUGGGCAUCAUGUACUGCCAGGCGGGCCAGAGCACCGAAGAGGAGAUGUACAACAAUGAGAGUGCCAGCCCCGCCCUGGAGGAGUUCAUGGAGCUGCUGGGCCAGAAGGUCAGGCUGAAGGGCUUCACCAAGUACCGGGCCCAGCUGGACAACAAAACGGAUUCCACCGGAACACAUUCUCUCUACACUACUUACAAAGACUACGAGCUGAUGUUCCACGUGUCCACACUGCUCCCCUACACCCCCAACAACAGACAACAGCUACUGAGGAAGAGGCACAUUGGAAAUGACAUCGUCACCGUCAUCUUCCAGGAAUCUGGUGCUCUUCCCUUCACUCCCAAAAACAUUCGCUCACACUUCCAGCACGUGUUCAUCAUCGUCAGAGUCCACAACCCUUGCACAGAAAAUGUUUGCUACAGUGUGGCGGUCACCAGAUCUAAAGACGUGCCCGCCUUCGGUCCUCCCAUCCCCCAGGGGGUGCUCUUCCCAAAGUCGGCCAUGUUCCGGGACUUCCUUCUGGCCAAGAUGAUGAACGGUGAGAAUGCGGUGCAUAAGUCGGACAAGUUCCGCGCCAUGGCAAUGCGCACGCGACAAGAGUACCUGAAAGAUUUGGCCGAGAACUUUGUAAGCGCCAACCCCGUGGACUCUUCAGCGGCCAAGUUUAGCUUCAUCUCGUUGGGUGUCAAGAAGAAGGAGCGCAGCCGACCCCGGCGGAACGCCCACCUCCAGAGCUACGGGGCAGUCACUUGGGCCGUGGUGGCCCGGGACUUUGGCCAGUCGGCGGACAUUGGCUGCCUGCUGGCCGUCUCCAAUGAGUUUGUGGUGCUGAUCGAAGAGGUGUCCAAGGAGGUGGUGUUCAACUGCUACAGCCGCGACGUCCUUGGUUGGAGCGCAACAUCUGGGAGCGUCCGGCUCUUCUACGAGCGAGGCGAGUGUGUGGUGUUCUCCACGCUGGAAGGAUGCUGGGACGACGUCCGGGAGAUCAUGCAGAGGUUGGAGAUUGUCACCCGGGGCUGCGAGACAGUGGAGGUGACCCUUAGGCGGAACGGUCUGGGCCAGCUGGGAUUCCACGUCAACUUCGAGGGCGUGGUGGCGGACGUGGAGCCUUUUGGCUUCGCCUGGCAGGUGGGUCUCCGUCCGGGCAGCCGGCUGAUGGAGAUCUGCAAGGUGGCUGUGGCCACACUAUCCCACGAGCAGAUGAUCGACUUGCUGCGCACGUCCAACACAGUCAGUGUGGUCAUCGUCCAGCCCCACGAAGACGGUACGCCCAGGAGGAGCUGCUCGGAGAUGUACCGCGUCCCCGUGGUGGAGUACAAGACCAGCGCGGCUGCCGCCUGGCACCGUGUCUCAGCAGCCCCGGGUGGUGGCCCAUCCAUGUCCCGGACCUCCCCCACACAGGGCCCCAGCCCCGGGCAGCAGAUGUUCCAUUACGCCCAGGGGGCCAUCUCCCGCAGCACCUCCUUCGACAGGAAGCAACAGGACGGGACCAGGGUACUGCAGGAAUAUGAGAUCUCCCCUACGGCCUCCUGUAGCAGUCGGGAAGCAGGACAACUGUACUGCAGCUCCCCCAGCAACCAGUCCACGUCCAGUGACCCCGGACCCUGUGGCACCUGGUCCCAGAAGGCGGGAUGCAUUAACGGAUGCCAGUCCCCUGCACUGCUCCUGGACCAGCCGAGCGACAAGGAGGGAGAGGGCCGGAGAGAGAGGGAGCCCAAGCUGGAGAGGACCAGAUCUGCAGAGGCCAAGUGGCACCAUCCCUCCACGAAGAUUCUGAGCACGAGGGAGAGAAGCCAGCCGAGACAAGGAGCAAAGGACUCCCCCGAUAAAUACCGACACUCCGGCUCCAGCCACUCCAGCAGCAACACGCUCUCCAGCAAUGCCUCCAGCGGCAGCAGCGACGACAAGCGCUUCGGCUCUGGUGACCCCAUGGACCCCGAUGCCCUGGGCCUCAUCUACAUCAAGGGCGCAUCUACCGACAGCGGCAUCGACACGGCACCUUGCAUGCCCCCGCCACCUCCCCCUCUACCCGGCUGCAGCGGAGGUGGUGUACCGGGGGUCUCGGCUGGCCGGCCAGUCCCCCAGAAUGCCCGAGGGGAGCAGUGGGUGCUGGAGUACCACGGGACGGGGGGUUACCACGGAGCGGGGACGCCGGAAGGAGGGUUGACGUCACAAGGCUACAGCACCCAGGCCACUUCGGCUGGGCACGUAACGGACGGGAGCCUGGGCGACCUGAGUGAGAUUUCCUCCAUGUCCAGUGGCUCACGGCACUCAGGCAGCCCCUCGGAACGUGGUCCUAAGACCUCCACCUCGGUCGACUCCUCCAAAGUCUACAUCGUCUCCUCCGGCAGCACGGUGACAGGGGCGGGGCUUAAUGAUCCCAUCCACGCCCGCCAAUCACCAGGCAAAGAGUAUCUGAUUGGCUGGAAGAAAGCCGUGGAUGGCUCUCCAAUGGAGGAUCUGGGCAGGCCAAAAGACUACGGGCUGCGGGCCAUGCUGGGUGCAGACAGCCAGCCCAGCCUGACCAGAGAGGACUUCCUGAAGAUGAUGCUGCCCGACAGUUCCCCUGGGGAGGGGGGGCGUGGUAAGAGUCUGACAGGUCCUGGCGGCCUGCCCAUGUCCCCACGGAGGUCCCUGUACCGGACCCUGUCGGACGAGAGCCUGUGCAGCAGCUACAGGAAAACCCUGUCCCUGGUCAACUCUCGGAGCUCUCUCCUGGACCAGGCCCUGCCCAACGAUAUCCUGUUCAGCACCCCCACUGAGCCCUACCCCAGCACCCUGCCACCUCGCAUGAACCUCGGCCACAGCCACGGGGCGCCGCUACACAAGAAUGAGCUGUGGUUCUCUGACAGCUCCCUGGCCGACCGCUGCAAAAUGGCUGAUGGCAGUCUGAUGCCCCUCCCGGAAGCAGUGUCUGGCCUGGACUGGUCCCAUCUUGUUGAUGCCGCAAGGGCUUUUGAAGGUCUGGAGCUCGACAAGGAUGCCAGUCGUCUGGGUGAUAAAGACUGUCCGAAAGACUCACUAGCAGCGGACCAGGGUUCACUCUGCUCCAUGUUGGAUGUGGAGCAGGCCCAGCAGGCCAUGGAGCUCUCCCGUGAGCUGAGUCGAAGGGUGGCUGCGUCGGAGGCUGCCGCUCUGGAGGCAGGGGAUGGCUCUCCUGCUCUGCUCACUGGCAAAGUCAUCCAACUGGAAGAGAUCCUCAGACAGCUUCAGUUCGACCUACGAAAGGAGCAAGAGGACAAGGCCAUGUUGCAGGAGCAGGUCCAGCACUUGCGUCAGGACAACAUGCGUCUGCACGAGGAGAGCCAAACGGCAGCCGCCCAGCUCAGGAGGUUCAGCGAGUGGUUCCUACACUCGGUCGACAACAAGAAGCCCUGAGCGACGACAACAAAAAACACUGACACACACUGCAACAUGGCCGUUAAGUCCACAUUACCUGAGCCGGUGGCAUGUCGAGAGCGGCGAUGGCUACGGUGAUUCAAAGUGAAUAGCCAUCGCAUGAGUGCGAGUUAGCGUGCUAAUGCUAGUAGCAUUGUUUUGAAAUCAAAACCACAACAUGAAUUAGUGUAAAUAUACCAAGGGGCCGAGGGAGGGUAAAGGGAUACAUUUAUAGAAGGUUAAGAUAAAGGGGAGGAAGGGAAGAAUGCUGCAGAUCUCAUGUUUUUGGCUAUUUGGUUAUAGGAAGGAACAUGUGAAUUUCAA